AUGUCCAGGCGAAAGCAGGCAAAACCGAGGUCUCUUAAACCUGAUGAAGACGACUGGCCAGGAGGAACAUUGGAUGGUGUUGAUAAUGAUGUCGAAGAAAGAACAAAAGCAAAAGCCUGUGGUAGCGGCGAACAAGAAGUAUCCAAUGAAAGUGAGGUAGCAGCCGACUCGGACCACGAUGAAGAAAUAUUUGAUGAUAUAGAAGAUGAUUGUCCAAAUAAAUCUUCGGAAGCACUGGACUUAGGAGUAGCAGAUGAAGAUAUCAAAUCAGAAAGCCGAGACAGUUUCGAAUCUGAGGCACUGGGCAGCGUAGGUAGCGCAGCAGCAAGCUCUUGGCCAUCCUCCACACCGGAACCAUCACCUUCUCCAACCUCUACACCAACAUCUGCUGACGCUGCUGAUCCUGAAGCCGAAGGAGAUCCACCCUUUACGCUCGGCGCAACUGAGCACACGCCCUACCAGUGUCAGUUCUGUGAUAAGGCGUUUCCCAGGCUGUCCUACUUAAAGAAACAUGAACAGACUCAUUCGGAUCAAAUGCCGUUUCGUUGCGAAUUCUGCGCAAGAUUAUUCAAACACAAGAGGUCCCGGGAUCGCCACGUCAAGUUGCACACUGGUGACAGAAAGUAUCGUUGCGCACAUUGCGAAUCUGCAUUCUCGCGAAGUGAUCACCUGAAAAUUCAUAUGAAAACUCACGACAACCAAAAGCCAUUCCAAUGUACGGUGUGCAAUCGGGGGUACAAUACAGCGGCAGCUCUGACCUCUCACAUGCAGGGUCACAAGAGAGACAGAGAUGGGCGGGAGGUUGACCGUAAAAGGGCACUGAGAUGUAUCCGAUGUGGAGAAACAUUCCGACGGCCAGAUAUGUUACAAGCGCACAUGACGACAGCGCACGGUAACAUGACUCCACCUCGCCGAGUCGCGUCGCAACCACCACCAACUCUCCUAGCUUGCAUUUAUUGCACACGUGACUCCUUUACUAGCAUGGAGCAACUGCAACUUCACGUACGCUCAUCACACUCAGCACUGUUAAAUGGUGAAAGCCCUGUAGAUCAACCAGCCCCUACAGAUCUCAGCCAACGCGGGUCCGACGAAACGCCUCCAAUGAAAAGGCCACGAUCAAGUGCAAGUGUAAUUCCGCAAACGGUAUUAUCACCAAGCACUUUGUUGUGCAAUCAAUGCGACGCUGCAUUGCCCGAUUUUGAAGCCUUCCGCGCACAUUUGAAAGGACACCUCGAAGAAGGAAACGAUAUAAGUAAAUCAGGACCCACGCCAUGUUUGCAUUGUGGCGCUACAUUCACAGACCCGGUGGCAUCAGAAAGGCAUUUGGCAGCUCAUUACUUAGCGGUGUCUUGCGAGUACACGUGUAAUAGUUGCUCCCGAAGUUUUUCAACACCGGAUGAUUUACAGAAACACUUAUUUGAACAUCAUGCACACAGUCUAUACCGUUGCACCCUGUGUAAGGAAGUCUUCGAAUCCAAAGUUGCCAUUCAGGUCCACUUUGCAGUAGCACAUAGUGGGGAAAGCAAAAUUUGGGUUUGCCGUUCAUGUGGCACCAAUGGUGGGGCUUUGCGGUCAGAAGCAGAAUGUACUGCUCACGUACGAAAUAGGCAUGCUGCAGCAAGAUGUGCAUGUGGGGCUGUGCUGGCUGGAGCCAGGGCCUUAAGAGAACACGCAGCAGCCCAUCAUACGUAUAGAUGCCCUGUACCGACCUGUUCUGAUACUUUUGCCGUUCAGUACUUGCUAGAGCGACACAUGCAAGUCCAUCAUGCUAUUCCUCAGGAUUUAAAUGGUGACUUAUCGAGAAAGCGUUCUGAAAAUAACAACGCUGUAGAAGAGACAUGUUCGCCAUGUCACACAGUCGAAAAUCAAGGAACGGAAGAUCGUCGUCGUAAGAAUGGGGCUGUGGCAUUACAAUGUGCAUAUUGCGGGGAGCGAACUCGAAGUCGAGCCGAACUUGAAGCCCAUACGAGGGCUCAUUCUGGAACAACUGUUGCGAGACACAAGUGCCUGAUUUGUGACGAAGUAUUACCUUCCGCUGCCGUGCUUGCUGAACAUAAGCUCACACACUGCAAGGUGGUUGCCGGUGACACCUGUGCGAGAUGCCGUUCAAGGCUACCCUCUGAAGAGGCCUUCUUAACUCAUAUGGCUCGGCAUCAUCCUAGUUUACCUGCUCCUUGUAUUAUAUGCAGACAGACUUUAGCUUCAGAACCAGAGGCACGUCUACACGCAAGAUUCCAUUUACGACCCAAUGAAGAUGAGCAAAGGUGCGCUAUUUGUUUAAAAACCCUAUCAGAGAGUGAGGCCGGUGAAGGUGUGAGAGCCUGUUCCUCAUGUUAUGCAAGGCAUGCUGCGCCAAGGCCUCCUCCGCCGUCAGAUAAUGACUGUAGACUUUGUCGGCGAGCCUUAGAGUCUCCUACUCGUCUUCAAACACAUCUUAUUGAACAUACCUUCGCUGGCAUUGGUUCUUUCAGUUGUUACCUUUGUUCUGCUGUGUUCACGAGUGCAGCUGGUCUUCAAAGGCAUUUGCCAGAACAUCCAGCCGCUACAAGGCCCUAUGAUUGCGGCCGUUGCGGUCUGAAAUUCUUCUUCAGAGCGGAGUUGGAUAAUCAUGCAUUAAUCCACCUCGAGGAAGCUGAAUUAGCUCAAAGAGCAUUCUAUGAAGCGUACGCCAGGGGUGCUGCAUCAGCGUGGGUCGCGCUUCAGUCCGAUACGUCCCCUAAAAUUUUGUCUUCACCAGUUGCCGAAGUUCAAGUUAAACAAGAGAGUGAGGUUAAAGAGGAGAAGAAUGAUGAAUAUAUUGAAGUAUCUUCUCCACCUCCUAUUCCGCCAACGUCCACAGAAUCUUUAUCGCCUAUAGUGAAACAAGAAAAACCUGAUGAGGAAUAAAAUCGUGCAUGGAGUAUAUGUCAAACACAUGAAACAAAUAAGUGUAAUAGAUAUUAAGAUUUAGUACAUACAUAUAUAGCUAUGAAUGAUAUCGUCCUUCGUGGGCCAGGCUCCCGCUGCAAUACUAGAUGACGUCCUAGGUAUAUUCUAGUUAAUUGAACUGUUAAUGUUAAUUCUUAACUAUAUUUUGUUAUUGAGCGUUUAGAACGCCAUAUACGUUAGUAUAUACAAGUAAUCUUAGUAGAUUUCGUCUUUUUAAUUUCGCCUCAAACGUGUUUUA